AUUGUAUUUGGGAUCGUUCUCUCUACGAAUCCUUUUUGUAUCUCCUCCGAUUUUCCGGCAGCCAUACGGUUGUUUUAAUGGAGGGAGAGAAGAAGUACAUUAGCUCCGAUGAGCUCAAACAGCAUGACGAGCUCGGAGAUCUGUGGAUCUCUAUCCAGGGUAAGGUUUACGAUGUCUCCAGUUGGGUUAACAAGCAUCCGGGUGGGGAUGGUCCGCUAUUGAGUUUGGCGGGUCAGGAUGUUACCGACGCCUUCAUCGCCUAUCAUCCCGGCACCGCGUGGCAAUAUCUCGACGAAUUCUUUACUGGGUAUUAUCUGAAAGAUUUUUCCGUCUCCGAUGUAUCCAGGGAUUACCGGCGGCUCGUUUCUGAAUUCGCUAAAUCGGGUUUGUUCGAAAAGAAAGGACAUAUCGCGUUUUGGUCUCUGUUUUCCGUUUCCGUCAUGUUUCUGAUUGUUCUUUACGGUGUUUUGAGAUGCGAGAGCGUUUGGUCGCAUUUGGGGUCGGCGAUGGUGUUGGGUAUGCUCUGGAUGCAGAGCACAUACGUCGGGCACGAUUCCGGCCAUUACCAGGUGAUGACGACGAGUGGGUAUAACAAGAUCGCGCAGCUCCUCGCCGGUAACUGUGUAACCGGAAUCAGCAUCGCCUGGUGGAAAUGGACCCACAAUCAACACCACAUCGCCUGCAACAGCCUCGAUCACGACCCUGAUCUCCAACACAUCCCAAUGUUUGCAGUUUCUUCGCAUUUAUUCAAUUCCAUAACAUCCUACUUCUAUGAAAGAAAGUUGAAAUUCGAUUCUUUGGCUAGGUUCUUUAUCAGUUACCAGCAUUGGACAUUUUAUCCUGUAAUGUGCGUUGCCAGGGUAAACCUGUUCUUGCAGACAUUCUUGUUGCUCUUCAAUCCGAACAGAAGAGUCCCGCACAGAGCUCUCAACAUCAUGGGAAUCCUUGUCUUCUGGACAUGGUUCCCUCUCCUGGUUUCCUACCUCCCAAAUUGGGAACAGAGAAUCAUGUUUGUCCUCACAAGCUUUGCUGUUACAUCCAUCCAACAUGUUCAGUUCUGCUUGAAUCAUUUCUCCGCCAAUGUAUACAUUGGACCUCCCGAGGGUAACAAUUGGUUUGAGAAACAAACAAGUGGGACAUUGGACAUCUCCUGUUCAUCCUGGAUGGAUUGGUUCUUCGGCGGCCUACAGUUCCAGUUGGAGCACCACCUGUUUCCGCGGUUGCCAAGGUGUCAACUGAGGAAGAUUUCCCCAUUGGUGAGGGAUCUGUGCAAGAAGCACAAUUUACCAUACCGGAGUUUGUCAUUCUUUGAGGCUAAUCAAUGGACCAUUAGGACUCUGAGAACGGCUGCCCUGCAGGCUCGUGACCUGACCAAUCCUGUCCCCAAGAAUUUGUUGUGGGAAGCAGUUAAUUCUCAUGGCUGAAGAAGGAUUAUAAUGGAUUUUCAUAUUUCUUUUUUCCCUAAACUUUCAGUCCCCAAUUUGGGUUUUUCUUGGGGGUUUUGAAUGCAUUUGAAUUUGUUUUGUUAUGGUUUUUUUGGUUGUUUAGGAUGUUAUGAUUCAUGAGCUUUGUUUGAACACGAUAGAAAGCCAGUCUAUUUGUCUUUGCUUCUUGAAAUAUAUUUCAGGAAUUCAAAUCCUAAAUGCUUUAAGCUUGCAUGAAAUCAUUUUCCUUUUUCAGUAUUUUUUUCUUUUUUGAAUUUAGAAACAUGUCAUGACAAGUUUGUAAUAUUGUUUUAUUUGGGAAAUAUAAAUGGGAUCAGGGAUG